GAGGUAGAUGGAGAUUAUAUUUUCCUAACCCUUGAUCACGAAUCUUUCCUCAUAGAUCGGGUGGAUGACGCCAAAAAAAAGUUCGUUGCAGAAGGUCUUUGCUUCUUUGUAAUGCGUUUAAUAUGUAACUCGUGUCUAUGAAUGUAUUUUCUGAAUUUGUUAUCAUUUACACAGCCAUCGGCUGUGAAUGUAACUACUGCUAUUUGUGUAGAUUCUUAGGCAAGACUGCAGUUUCGAUUCUUUCUGAAUCUUGUCAGUUGCCUCCUAAGAGCGAAUUCGUCACAGAGGAAUGACAGGAUUCGUGCAGGCCCGUAAACACUUUUUUACUUUCGAAGGAACGGCAAGAGACAGUGAAUCCUCAUUACAUUCCACUUAUAAUCACCCCACCUUGCUGCCAACAAAGAUGUUCACUCGACCGCGACAUGAUACAAAUGACUCACUUUUUGUAUUACUUUUUGUAUCAUAGAUCUACUCAGAAAUUAUCACAUCUUCAACCCGGCUAACACAUGGUCCGGUGCAUCCUUCAUCGUAAGUUGGAUGACUCUGUGAAAUGUGGAGCAGUAGUUACUGUUUGUAGUUCCUACCUAUAAAACCCAUGGCGGAGAAAAAAGACUGGAGCAAGUUAUCGACAAAGGAGCUGUUGGAAAUGCUACAAAGACAAGAAAAGCUUGUUAAUAAGUGGGUCUUCCAUUUCCUCUUAUUUCCCAGAAUUUUAAAUGCAUGGUCAUAGACUUUCCGCCUAAAUGGCUCAUUAUUUUCAUCUAUUUGUACUUGCAAUUUUAAUACAGGAAGUUCUUGCAAAGUCUACCUGACAAAGGCAAGAAGAUAAUCGAGACAGUCAAACGACUCAAGGAUCUGAUUUCUCAGAGGGAAAAGUUAGAACUUCAAGAUAUCGAUGCACAGUUUGAGAAGUUGACAGUGUCACAGCCUGUCCAAAAAACAAGAGUUGAUUUGUUAGACAGUGAUGAUAGUGAUGAUAAUGAUAGAAUGCUGUCAGGCUCCGAUCACCAAGACACUGCUAAUGUAAAUAACCAAUCAAGUGGGAGUCAACAUGAGGAAGCAAUGGAUUCAAAGUCUUCAGGUGGAAGAACAUGGGAUUACAAGUCAGCUGCAACACCUGCAACAUAUAAGUUUGAGGUAACAGGAAGACUCUGCCUUCCUUUAUUGCACUGAGAUCAACACAUGUUCUAAAGGCAAUUAUGCACAGGCUGAAAAUGAGCUGUUGCUAUAUGUGUCUCACUUCUUUGAUUAAACAGGCCAAGGAUAGCUAUAGGAAAGGAAGGGUCUGGAAAGGGUAUUUACCCAUGUUUAGAUGCAGGGGUGUCACUGAGGCUCAGAAUGAAACUAAUUCUUUUUUUUUGUCUCAAAAAAUACUUGAACUUGUGUGGGACAAAGGGGGAGAUCCUUAAAAUGAAUAUUUGUUCAGAUAAUACUCAAAAUCUAAUGUGCAGUUCCUAUUCCUCAUUCUAAAAGUUCUUUCUCCACAGAUAGCGAAGCCAAUUUCGUUAGAAGAAUCCUUUAAACUUCAACAAGAACAAGAGAAAAGACGAAAGGUGUGAAUUACACACACAAUAACAAAUGCGUUACUAGCACACAAUCAGGUUUCAUUUUAGACUCUACUUUGAGUGUAUCAUGACAAUUUUGUAGCAGUAUAACUAAACUCACAUUUCCAAAUCAAAUAUUUCAAUCAACUAAUCUGAGGUAAAUACUAACUAAAGGCUUUUAGAAGGGGCUAAAUGAACCAAGUGUGAACUCAGCAUGUAACACGUAGUUGAAAUUUGGUGGGCAUAAUGGUUAUAAGUAUAAAUCUACAAAUGUUCCAUUACAAAUGCUGUAGCCUGAUAGGUUAUGUUACUGGCAGUCUAUUCUGUGAUUCAUAGAUAACCUAACAUAGUCUGCUCAUAAACAAAAACAUGCACAAAAGCACAAGCUUGUCUUGGUUCGAAGUUUUGAAGGAUCAGUUGAUUUAUACUGAAACAGUUCUAUUAUUUGCUCUUAAUUUCUGUGAUGGUUUAUCCUGGCUCUUCCCUCAUCUACUACAGUGAAAUAGAAAUGUCAAGCUCAUGAUCAAAUUGAUAAAUAGAAGCCUAAAGCUUACAACCUUUAGUUAAAUAUUCUGAACUCUGAAAUGAAAAUUAUUCUGCCAUUACCCAAUAAUAUUUGCUUAUUUGUAGGAUCUUCAAGCUCAACAAGCAACAAUGAAGCUUAGAGAACAAAGCUAUCAGGUUGGAACAUACCACUCAACGCAAGUUUCAAAUCCUCUUCAGUAUCCUUUAUUACUGCUUCCUUUAACAUGA